UGGGUCACUGGAAUUCGAUGUGACGGCUAGCUUUACAGCCGUACGAGAGGGAGAAUGGACGCGUUAAAUAAACUGAAACAAUUUGAUGCUUAUCCCAAGACUCUAGAGGAUUUUAGGAUCAAAACAUGCGGUGGAGCAACGGUAACCAUCAUCAGUGGACUUAUUAUGCUGAUCCUGUUCUUCUCUGAGCUCCAGUAUUAUCUGACUAAAGAGGUUCAUCCUGAACUAUUUGUAGACACCUCUAGAGGAGACAAGCUCAGAAUCAACAUCGAUGUUAUAUUUCCACAUAUGCCAUGUGCCUAUCUAAGUAUUGAUGCCAUGGAUGUCGCAGGAGAGCAGCAGCUAGAUGUGGAGCACAACCUGUUUAAACAAAGACUUGACAAAGAUGCCCAGCCAGUCACAACAGAGGCUGAAAAGCAUGAGUUGGGUAUAAAGGAGGAAGAGGUUUUUGAUGCCAGUAAGCUGGAUCCUGACCGCUGCGAAAGCUGUUAUGGAGCAGAAACCGAAGAUUUAAAGUGUUGCAAUACAUGUGAUGAUGUGCGAGAGGCGUACCGGCGGCGCGGCUGGGCCUUUAAGACUCCUGACAGCAUUGAGCAAUGUAAGAGAGAGGGCUUCAGCCAAAAGAUGCAGGAACAGAAAAACGAGGGAUGCCAAGUCUAUGGUUUUCUAGAAGUUAAUAAGGUGGCUGGAAAUUUCCAUUUUGCUCCUGGAAAGAGCUUUCAGCAGUCUCAUGUACAUGUGCAUGCUGUGGAAAUUCAUGAUCUGCAGAGUUUUGGACUGGACAAUAUCAACAUGACACACUUCAUCAAACAUCUUUCAUUCGGCAAAGACUACCCUGGAAUCGUCAACCCUUUAGAUGGUACCAACGUAGCAGCACCUCAAGCUUCAAUGAUGUAUCAGUAUUUCGUCAAAAUUGUACCAACAAUAUACGUUAAAGGAGAUGGGGAGGUAAGUGUGGUUAAAACAAACCAGUUUUCAGUAACAAGACACGAAAAAGUAGCCAACGGACUGAUUGGAGAUCAGGGUUUACCUGGUGUGUUUGUGCUUUAUGAGCUGUCUCCGAUGAUGGUCAAAUUCACAGAGAAGCAGAGGUCUUUCACCCAUUUCUUAACAGGAGUCUGUGCUAUUAUAGGUGGUGUUUUUACAGUUGCUGGGCUUAUUGAUUCUUUGAUAUACCACUCAGCAAGAGCCAUUCAGAAGAAGAUUGAACUGGGAAAAGCAUCCUAGCAUCACAAGGACAUAUUAGAUGCCUAAUAUUCUGAAAAAGCUCUGUGUUAAAGGGAAGAUGCCACAAUAAAAGCCCCAGACUGUUUUCACAUGUGGCCACAGAGACAUGCCCAUUCCCUUCAAACAAGCACAGGAUCUGCACAAGGACCUGUGCCGGCCAACUGCGGAGCUUACGGAAUUUAAACUUGUUUGUAUAUCAGAGAUAAGUUAUGUCAGUAGUUCAGCUCUAAAAAUCGAAACGUUCUUUUUGAAAUUUUGGCCUUCUGUUGUGUUUCACUGAUUUGAUUUGAAUCACUUGAACUAAUUGUCUUAACUGAUCACGACCCAGUGUUUUUCCGACUAAACCAGCAGCUUUGAUUGAAUUUGGUCCAGAAAUAAAAUGAGCAGAAUGGAAAGCCUUUUUAUAACUGGGAAGAGUCAACCGGGUCGCUGUUCAGUCCUCAAGCACACAAACUCCGUACGGAAACACAGACUGUAGUCUGUACAGGUGUCUUUUGUUGUCAUGGUAUUGGCACCUUUAACUCUUAAUUCAGGUGCCGGGUUGUGCAUGUGCGUGUAUGCAGACGGGUGUCUGGGUAAUCUGAGUGAACGUUUCUUUUGUGUUGUUGGCGGCUUCUCUUGUGUGCGGGACAGAUGUAUUUAUAUUUUGAUUGUGCGAAAACGUUUUUAAAAUGAAAUAAAUGUAACACUGAACUUUUAACGGCCUUGAAGUGCAUAGCUUUGUUCGCAUUGGUGUCGUUUCGACAAAAACAGUUGGGACAUGUUAGUGUUCCCUCCCCCUUUUAAAACAGCCAAUAGCGUUUAGUUCACCUCACAGCCUGGAAUUAGAUGAGAAGCUUGAAGUGCAGAAUGAUGUCAUAGAAAUCAUUGCUACAUUUCGGGUGGAAGUAAGCGAUUGUACGUUUUGAAUGCGUACUGUAUAUCCUCUACAUGGAAAUGUAGGAUAUCCUUAAAGUCACCAUGCAAUCAAACAGGAAAAUUAUAAGUGUUUUACACAGUGUUGAAGUGAAUAUUAUUAUUGAUUUAUCCGUGCACACCAUUACUUAUUCAAAAUUCAUCUGCACUUGUAAUUUUUAAUCAAAAUCGGCUUCUGAAAUUAGAAAAAAUGUAGGGCGGGCUUUAUUUUGCCCUUCCUUUUUGAUUGGUUUGUUGUAAAUUGGGCCUGGACGGGAGAGCUAUAUAGUCCUACCUCUUUUUGUUGCUGACGUCAUGUGCUGAAGAGUUGUUGUUGAGAGGGGGGAGGAGCUUAACGUUUUUGAUUAAAGAUUAGAAGUGCAAAGGAAUUUUGAAAAAAGAAUGGUGUGCACGGAUGAAUCAUUAAUAAUAAUCCCUGCGACACGGUGUAAAACACUUCGAAUUUUCCUGUUUAAUUUCAUGGUGACUUUAAGACUAACGUAUUCAAACUAAAGCCCAAAAUGUUUUGUUUUUAGAAAAAAUCAUGACCUUUUUCAUUUGUACGUAAUACAAAAUACACCCUGACGUAUUUAUAAAGCUUCCUCCUCAGCAUCAGCGAGUCUGAAACUGAAUAUGUAUUUGCAGAUGUUGCGCUGCAUUAAAGGUCACUCUCUGACUUUCGCAAUCUUUUGCUAUGUAAUAAUUAUUUCAUGUGACUGAUCCAGUGACCUUUUUCUGCAAAUCCUUUCCAACAGAACAAAGAACAGAUUGUGUUGUAAUGAUCUGCAUCUUUCUGUUUAGCCACUAGAGGGAGCCCUUGUAUUCUUCUGC